AAGAAAUCGGCCGGGCCACCUUGGCGGUCAAAUUUUCAUCAGCUCCUGCUCCGUAUCUUAUUAGCUCUAGUCUGCGCGCCCUGUGCCACUCAGUGUCAGGCCUAAAACGUGGUAGAGCAAGUGAGAUUUUCAUUUUUAUUUACUUUGUUGGCCACCCAGCUUCUUUCCGGUCCUUACUGAACACUGCAGCUUCUCCAACUCCAUUUGUUUAUUUUUAAGGUGCAACUGAAAGUUACCUUUCUUUGACUUUCCAUCUUUAUUCUUGCAAUUUAGUCAACCCUUUUACGGCUCUUUCUUCACCUGGGUAAACUUCGCAAACUAGCCCCACCACACCCGAACACCGAGGCAGGGGUCUAUCCCGCAUUCCAAUUGCCACCCGAGCUGCCCGUCGCACUCCGACUCGAGUUUGCGGGAGACCAAGAUAAAAUACACAACCCCUACUCAAAAGUCGCGAACGAGUAUUUCUCCAGACUCGUCGAGAACUCAUUCCAUUCCACGUCCACGCAAACCCAUCCUGCGCCACAAUUCCUUGUUUUCCACAAUAGGCCUGUCGACGCCGCCUUGUCGUCACGCAACAAGUACAAAAAAAUGUCGUUCUCCAGCCUCGUCCAAGACCUGUCCCUCCGCGACGCCAACGGUGCUCGCCGCCGGGGCUUGCCGCGCGGGGACUCGUCCGCCCCCACCAUUGACGAUGGUGCUUCGCGGACCUCGCACAUCUCGCGUGCUAUGUCCUAUGCCAGCACGGCGGCCACCAGCGUCAGCAUCUCGGGAGACAUCUCUAGCCAACUGCACGGCGGUUACAGUCAUCCACUCGCCAGAUCAUGGCAGGCCGAGAGGCAACUCACCAAGUCCAUGCUCAUCUACCCAUUGUUCAUCUCCGAUAGCGACGACGAAGAAGUCCUCAUCCCCUCUCUCCCGGACCAAUACCGCCGCGGCAUCAACAAGGUAAUCCCAUUCCUUGAGACUCUCGUCCACAAGGGUCUCCGUUCCGUCAUCCUCUUCGGCGUGCCCAUGCGUCCGGGAACCAAAGACGCUCUUGGCACAUCAGCCGACGACCCUCAGGGCCCUGUCAUGCGAAGCAUCCGCGCCAUCCGUCAGCGCUUUCCCCAGCUCUUCGUCGUUUGCGAUGUUUGCCUGUGCGAGUACACGUCUCAUGGACACUGUGGCAUUCUGCGAGACGACGGUAGCCUCAAUAACCAGCUGUCGGUUGACCGCAUAUCUGACGUCGCCGUCGCCUACGCCCGUGCCGGUGCCCACUGCGUCGCGCCUUCUGACAUGAACGAUGGCCGUAUCCGCGCCAUCAAGCUCAAGCUGAUCGAGGAAGGGAUCGCUCACAACACACUUCUCAUGUCUUAUGCCGCCAAGUUCUCGGGCUGUCUGUACGGGCCCUUCCGCGACGCUGCCGGCUCCGCCCCUAGCUUCGGCGACCGCAAGUGUUACCAGCUGCCCCACGGCGGUCGCGGCCUUGCCCGUAGAGCCAUCAUUAGAGACAUCAACGAGGGUGCCGACGUCAUCAUGGUCAAGCCCGCCAGCCAGUACCUCGACAUUAUCAGCGACGCCAAGGAUCUUGGUAAAGACCUUCCCAUAGCCGCCUACCAGGUGAGCGGCGAGUACGCCAUGAUCCACGCCGCCGCAAAGGCUGGCGUGUUCGACCUGAAAACUAUGGCUUUCGAAUCAACGGAGGGCAUCCUGAGGGCUGGCGCGACUAUCGUUGUCAGCUACUUUACCCCCGAGUUCCUUGACUGGCUCGACAGUUGAGCCUCUUGUAGUUAUGUGUGCAUGCAUCUAUGCGCUGUUAUUAUCUCCUUUCAUUUGAUGAUAUCUUUAAGGCUCUGAUGAAUUUUCCACGGCGGGGCGGAUCAUAAUGGCAUUAGGCGUUUCGGCUGGAGUGGGCAUGGCGUUCUACCUUCUUUUCUUAUCUCUCUUUAAUACCUAUAAUUCGCGUUAGACAGAAAGAACAUGUGUACUAGAACAUUGCUAUCCCCUGCAAGGUGGUGAUUUUCAAGUAACAUCUGGUCAGUUUUCUCCACGUCUACGUAAAACUUGUAUGGGUUUACGACCUCUACUGUGGCGAGU